UAAAAAGUCAUAAAAGUGCUCAACUUGUGCUUGAUUCCAGGAAAAAUGUUCCAAUUUGCACGCCUUUGGAAAGGUGGAAAAAAAGGUGUUCUUUUUGAGAAUUUUGUUGUUGCCAAUUUUGGCAUUAUGACAUUCUUGUAAAGAGCUUAUGUUUGGCUUAGAGAAAACGAAAGUACUGAUUUACCUCAGGGAGAUAUGUUUAGAAGGGUCUGAUAGAGUGCCAUGUGGAGGGUCAGACAUGUCCGUCACAUGCAUUCAGCAACUUCAAGACAUUGAGUUUUGUAAAUGUUGGUGUUCAACAAACAGCUUUGCUACCUCCAAGAGAAUCAAUAGAGGAUAAUAAUGAUAACAGAUUAUGGUCUGGUCAGAAAAUAAUAGCAGUAACAGCAGUUGGGUAUUGCAGUUGCAGAUAAGAUUGCUCAGUGGUGUAUCCAGAUUGAGCAUUCAACAGUGAUAGUGCCAAAUCUCAUCCAUUUCAGCAGAGGAAAGAGUAGAAAGUGUGCCAACUUUUUUGCUAAAGCUUCCUUUGGCAUCCCACUCUACAAGAUACCCUUUUAGUUUGUGAAGAAUUUUCUGACUUGCAAUGUCACAAUCGGUAGUGUAAAAGGGAAAAAACUUCAGAUUGAACAAAAUUUGAGGUAUUUGCCUGCAGCUUUUCCUACAGAUCUAAGCAUCUUUUUUCAUCAAAAUUUGCACACUUUUUGAAGCAGCUUCAAGUCUUUGGCCUUAAAGCAGUGAGUGUAUUCUGAGUCAAUGAUCAUGGAUAAAGCAUAUAAACAUCAAAUCUGUUCCAUGCUAUUUUCCAAUUUGGUCAUUUUCCCAUCUGUCACCAUGGUUCUUGUUCUGGUCACAUCAUACUUUUUCUUUUCAACUUCUAAAUCCUUCCCUUUCCUUCUCACAAUACAAAUUGCUCUAUUAUCCACCAUGUUACUUGUCAAACUGAUAAGGAAAAUAAAGGACAAAGAUGAAAAUCUAAUCCAAAAUGGGCUACAGCCUUUGCUGGAUGUUACUCAUAGUGAGGUUAACCAAGAAAGUGGAACUGCAGAGAACCAUGAGGAUGGUGAAUCUGAAGCACAUUCAGACUAUUUAUUUCCAUCAGAUUGUGAAAGCAGCAACUUCUCUAUCAUGGAUGGAACUUUUGAGCUGAAUAUUGAAGACCAUAGGCUACAAGAUGAUUUGCUGUCAGAUUAUUCUCUUCCUUCAGAUAGUGAAAGCAGUGAUGGCUCAAUGUUGGAGGAAAGUUUUGAGAUGCAUCAGAAAGGAAAUCAAAAUGAGGAUAUUUCUGAUAGCUUGGCUUCUGAUGAUGAUUAUGAGGGUGAGGAUGAAGAGGAUAGUCUGAUUGAAAUCAAUCUUCCAAGCAGCCACUUUCCUGACUUGAAUGAAGAUCCUAAGCAAAAGGUGCAAUCUAAGUUGCCAGAGUUCAUGCCAGAUUCCAUUUUCAAGCAGCAAGGCCUAAUGGAGCUCUUAGCAGAAUUCAAUGACAUGAAUGAGGAUGAAAACUUGAUUGAGAUUGAUAUUUCCAUGGGAAUGCAGAUUUCAGAUUGAAGCAGGAAUUGGCAUAUUUUGAAGAUGAAUGUGUUCUCAGUGAUUGAUCUAAGUAUUUUAACUUCUUGUUGAUGUUGAGCAAGAUUUUGUUCUUGCUAAUAAACUUGGCAUUUUUAUUGCUA